AAAUCAAGUAAAUAAACAUCUCAUGUAAGUUUAUGGGUGGGGCUGUGGAAAAUAAAUCGGCCAGGUGAUGCACGUGUCCGGUACAUACAUAUACUAAAUAUAGACCAAGUGUCCGAACAAUCUGAUUGGUUAAUAACUGCAAGUCACGCAUAAAGUAUUAGUUGUAAUCAUACGUGUGGAAGACAUCGGCUACUAGUUCACUUCCACAGUAUCCCUGUUAGACAUAGCUGCUAUCUACACAGGUAUACCCGCAACAUCCGCCUCCAUAUCGGAGGAACGAACUGAGGAUAGCAAUAUCUACAUCAGAGAAUAAGUCUAUGAUGUUCACCUGAAAACAAGAAGUCGAUUAUACGCCCUUGGUCCGGGAACGUCAGGAACAGCGGGAUCACCCGUGUUCCGUGAGGUGAUCCACUGACGUCCUUGUACCCGAGUGUAAAAAAAACCGCCAUUUGUUCGCCAUCUGUAAUCAUCUUAUCACCUGUCGGAAUGGCCAGUAUGGACGCAUCCAAGGUGAACACCAACACCACUGACGUCUAUGAUACGUUGUUUGACGUUAGCAAGUGUUCCACGAAUGUGCUCAGCUAUAUCUACGCGUUCAUAGGACUGGCCUGUUUGGCUGUUAUAAGUGUUGGUAUUCUCGUCGUCUCCAACAUUUUACAGAGGAAAAAGCUUGGGAAGAACUACGUUGACAUCAUUUCCGGUUUUGCAGUAAUCCAGCUUUGUUACUGUCUUGUAAACACGCUAGUCAUAUUUCUACACCAGCUCGGCCACUGCGGCUGGGUACACCAAAGCGCCGGCACGUGUAAGUUUAUGUGGUGGUGGAAACAUGCUUCGUUUGUAUCUGGGAACUAUAUUUUAGUUUUGAUCUGCACGUGCUCAAAGUUACUGUUUGUGUCGGGGAAGUCCGAUACCCGUAGAUCCUUACCCGUAGUUAUAGGGUUCUGGGUGAUAGUCCUCGUGUCUUCAUUAUUUGUUAUCCCGUAUCUGGUCUUCACGGAAGUAGUGAACGGGAGAGUCCGUCGGAAUUCGGAUAUUAUCACCACCAGCUACUGUCACAUCGGUGCUGGGCACACUAGCCAUCUUGAGAUAAUUGAAUUCUGUUUUGGAACAGUUCUUCCGGCAAUAUGUGCCUUUCUCAGCUUAAUACCACAUUUUCUUGGUGCGUGGACCAGAUUCGACAGUGGAAUUAUGAGUUAUUUUCGUCGAACACCGGAGGACAAACAUGAUGGUGACGGAGAGAUUGAUGUCAGGAAACGUCUGGACAGGUACUUCUUCAAAUGUCUAGCGGCUGCCGUGUGCAUGCACGUGCUUUUAUUGGUCCCACAGCGACUUUUUGAAUUUAUCACCCAUCUGACCACAGCGCCGUCAACUCUACCAACGAUAGGCGUGAAAAACACGUCCGAAAUGAGUCCUGACGCGUGGAACACCUUCUUAGCAAUGUUUACCAUGUUCCCCCUGAUUUACAGUAUCUUCACUUUCCCGAUAUAUCACGCGCUUGCCGGAAAUCCCUUCAAGUGUCUGGCCUGUCUCGGAAUGGAGAAACCGACUACUCGACACCUGCAAAGACGCAAGCCUGUUAGACAUGUCGCAGUUACUGAAACCGCUAAUACGUAUUUCCAGAGCGUCACAUCCGAUGAAUUCGCUUCCAACUUUUAAAGAUCACGCGUACAUCUGUUGAUGAUGUCGUUAAUGAUGCAUGGUCGUCAAAUACAGUCAAUAUGAUGCGCGACAACAGAACAAUACAACUAAUUACAUCGCGUUGAAGUGAGGUAUCGCACACGGUAUUCUUACCUAUACAACUAAACGAAGAACAUGUGGAGCCAUGUCGGAUAGUCACGUGUUUGUCAUGUGAUGCAUCAUGUGAUAACAAUGACACUUGCUGGGCGUCAUUUUGCAAUGACACACCCAAUCUCGAAGCAAAUCAAAUUUCGUCCUUCUUCAACAGAAAUGUGCGCAAAGCUUAGUAUUCAACCAGACGGUUAUAUUCAGAACUGGAGACAUCCCCUGAUAUCAAAAGAAAAAAAGGGACCCACAUCAAUUAUGGCAUUUCUAAGGACCAUACCAGGAGUUCAUAUGUUGCUCAAUCAAUCAGAGGGGUUGUCAAUCAGUACGGUCUUGAUUGAACUUUCUUCAACAUUCAACACAACUUCACGUGAGUGGGGAAAGUUUAAAAAAAAACUAUAGUGUGUCAGAUUCUACUUAGCAUCGACCGACUUCAGAGUAUAGACGUUAACAAGGACAGAACACGGCCAAUUAUGGUCUUUCAAAAAUGAAAGGUGUUGCAAUUUUUAAGUUAUCACAUUGGAGUUAGAAUAAAAUAUCUUGUUGGCUAUCAAU